GAGUUUUAGCAGGACGCCAUUUUGCUCCUGUAAACGGAGGGAGAGUAGCGGAGGUUGUAACGAUUAAACACCGGUGCACAUUUUCAGACACGAUGGCGAGUCCAGGGAAAGACAGCUACAGGAUGAAGAGCUACAAGAACAAAGCCUUGAAUCCUCAGGAGAUGCGUCGAAGGAGAGAGGAGGAAGGAAUCCAGCUACGCAAGCAGAAAAGAGAGGAGCAGCUGUUCAAGAGGAGAAAUGUAUGUGUACCAAAUGAGGAAUCAAUGCUGGAAUGUCCAAUCCAGGAUCCAGACAUCAGCUCCACAGUACCUGUUGCAGGUGAUGGGGUGAUAACUCCAGAUAUGAUUCAGAUGAUCUUCUCUGAAGACCCAGACCAGCAGCUGAUUGCUACACAGAAAUUCAGGAAAUUACUCUCCAAAGAGCCCAACCCCCCCAUAGACGAGGUCAUUUCCACUCCUGGUGUUGUGAAUCGUUUCGUGGACUUCCUGAAGAGGAGUGAAAACUGCACACUGCAGUUUGAGGCAGCCUGGGCACUGACCAACAUCGCCUCCGGUACCUUCCUGCACACCAAGGUAGUGAUUGAAACUGGAGCUGUUCCCAUUUUCAUUGAGCUGCUGAACUCUGAGUACGAGGACGUCCAGGAACAGGCGGUGUGGGCGCUGGGGAACAUAGCAGGAGAUAACGCAGAGUGCAGAGACUACGUGCUCAACUGUGGCAUCCUGCCGUCUCUACAACAGCUGCUCGCUAAAUCCAACCGCCUCACAACAACCCGCAAUGCAGUGUGGGCUCUGUCAAACCUGUGCCGAGGGAAAAACCCGCCUCCGGAUUUUGCCAAGGUGUCUCCUUGUCUCAGCGUGCUGUCCAGGCUUCUGUUCAGCAGUGAUCCAGAUGUGCUGGCUGAUGCUUGCUGGGCUCUGUCCUACCUUUCUGAUGGCCCCAAUGAAAAGAUCCAGACGGUCAUCGACUCCGGGGUCUGUCGCAGACUGGUGGAGCUGCUCAUGCACAGUGACUAUAAGGUUGUUUCUCCUGCUUUACGUGCAGUGGGCAACAUUGUAACAGGAGAUGACAUCCAGACUCAGGUAAUCUUGAACUGUUCAGCACUGCCAUGUUUACUCCACCUCCUCAGCAGUCCCAAAGAGUCCAUCAAGAAGGAGGCGUGCUGGACUGUGUCCAACAUCACAGCAGGAAACAGAGCUCAGAUUCAGAAUGUGAUUGAUGCCAACAUCUUCCCUGUACUGAUUGAGAUCCUUCAGAAGGCCGAGUUCCGCACGAGGAAGGAGGCAGCGUGGGCCAUUACUAACGCCACCUCUGGGGGCACUCCUGCACAGAUAAGGUAUCUGGUGUCUCUGAACGCUAUCAAACCCAUGUGCGACCUGCUGACAGUGAUGGACUCUAAGAUUGUGCAGGUGUCUCUGAAUGGCCUGGAGAACAUCCUCAGACUUGGAGAACAGGAGGCCAAACAGAAAGGAACGGGCAUCAACCCAUACUGUGCUCUCAUUGAGGAAGCUUAUGGCUUGGACAAGAUCGAAUUCCUGCAGAGCCAUGAGAACCAGGAGAUCUACCAGAAGGCCUUCGACCUGAUUGAACACUACUUCGGCGUGGAGGAGGAGGACGCCAGCCUGGCUCCACAGGUGGACCAGAGUCAAGGCCAGUUUGUCUUCCAGCAACAGGAAGGACCCAUGGAGGGUUUCCAGCUUUAACCCCACCUCAGCUCCGCAGCCCCUUCUUCCUGGUCUCUGAGCCCCGGCCUGCCGGCCUGCCAACUCUCCUGAGACCUCACCUCGUCUCUGCUGGGCCAGCUCCACCAGCUCCUCCCCACUCCUCCACUUCUACUAUGCCUUCACAGCAACACAUACUCUGGAGAGACACAGAGAUUUGUGAAUAUGGAGACGGACAGUGAGAGCUCAUUUGGCUCCUUGACACUGUUUGAGACUGCGGGAGCCCUAAUGGAGGGCUUAGCGUUUGCUGGUUUCCAUCCCACUGAUGCGAUGUCUAUGCCAUGGAAAGCCAAUUCAUGUUAAAGAAGAAUUCUCUUUUAUUUCUUUAGUGCUACAGUAUGAUGUUCCUCUGACUUCCUGUGAUAUUUUUUUAUCAUUCGAAAUGAAGUUCAUAAUAUUUAUGUUACAAUUAGAAACUCCAAAUCAGCAUCCAUAUCCCUUUUUGAAUGUGAAACUACCUCUUCAGUCUUCAGAAAGAAAGGAACCGGAAGAGGGAAAGAAAAGCCCUAAAUGAACAGAUAUAAAGCAUCAGACUGAUUCUUUUUUUUUUAUUAUGGCUAAAAUCUAAUCUUGAAUGAAAUCCUUGGUGUUGAUAUUCGGGGUGUCGUAGCUGACCUGUCAGCAGUCGGUAGGCAGGUUAGCGGAUGUAAAUACAGUACUACUGUACGUCCUGGUGAUGCCAUACUUUAAGUCUGAAGCAGCUGCCAUGUGCUCUCCGGGGUUCUUUCUCCUCUCCUGUCCUGUUCUGAAAGGACUUCACAAGCAACUGGAGACUCAAGGUCUUUUAUUUAUUUGUCUUCUGAGAGCUGUGGAGAGAGCUCCUGUUCUCCACGCUCACCUCUGACCCAAGCCGACUGCUUCCUGGAUUACGUAACCAGCCCUGCCGGCUUGAGUUAGUUUGGAAUCUGUAACAGUGUUGGCUGUUCACUGGUGUUUUUGCUGCUUGUUUUAAAUGGUCUUUAUUUCAGAGAGCAGUAUCUGAGCAGGACAGGCGCCGUCGAUGUUACAUGAUGCAGUGUGUGCUACAAUCUUGCUAGUUAAAUGAGAUGUUCUGGUUUCUAGUUUGUCGCUCUGAACUAGCAGUAUGAUAUAUCUUAAAUUAUUUUUCUGCCUGCAAUCAUUUGCUUGAUGUGAUGGGAUUAGUCGACCGACGUGGAAGGUUUUGUAUAUUAUAUAUACAUGUAAGAAAGGUGUAAUAUGCAAUUAAGUUUCUUGGUUGAUAUGCAGUUGUAGUAUUUCCAAUCCUUCACUGCUUCUCCUUGAUGCACCCUGGACAGUUUGUUUUACUUUGAGGUGGUUUGUCUCCUCUGAACCCUCUGAUUCUUUUCUUUUCUUUUCUUUUUUUUUUCAUGUUCUCAUUUUGUGGUUGAAGUCUUAAGAUGGAAGCACAGUGGUUUUUGGUUUUUGUCCCACCCCCCUGAACCAUGAUUUGACAGUUCUUCAAUACGUGCACAUUUUGAGUACAGCAACAGUAACUGGUGGAAGACCGAACAUGAAAUGAAUCUAUAUUUAUGUGAAAUGGAAAAUAUUUGUAAUGCAGAAAUUACAUCAAGCACACUCAAUGGUGUAUAGUUUUCUAAUAUUUCUGGUUUGUAUGAUUGUAUAUCUUUUUUUUUUUCUUUUUUUUUAGGUUUGGUAGUGUUUUUUUGUUUUCUCCUGUUUGGGAAUUCAUUUGCUGUGUUAUUGUGGCUCUCAGUAGAAAUGCUCCAGCAGCCCGUGUAUAAGAGUGGAUCACUGUAUUCAGCCACGGUCUGUGGUUUCCUAACACUGACUGGAUCACAGGGGUCUGACUGUGAAGCUGGCUCAGGCUGUCUGUGCUGAUGCCUGGCUCUUCUUCUGUGUGGGGAUGCACACUUACAUUGUGUAACAAGAAUUAAUAAAUUGAUCUGUUGUCUACAAACCAUA